AUGUCCAUCUCCCUCUACGACAUCACCGUCCCGGUCCUGAUCCGGAGCCUUAAAAACACCGACGCUUGGCUCCAAAAGGCCGAGGCGUGGGCCAACGAGAACGGCAAGUCCGAGGAUGAGCUCCUCAGCGGGCGCCUCGCGCCUGACAUGAGAGACUUCGUUUACCAGAUCCUGGCCCUCUGCGCCAUCGCACGCUACUCCGUCCUGCGCAAGGGCUGGGUUUACACGUCGGCGACGACGUUCCCGCCUGAGCAGGGGCGCACGUUCAAGGAGCUGCGCGCCAUGAUUGCGGACGUGUUGAAGUUCAUCGAGGAGGUGAAGAGGGAGGAUGUUGACGGGCAGGAGGGAAGGGAGUAUACGUUUUGGACUGGCGGAGAGCAAGGUGUUGGCUAUGAGUUCGGGUUCGAGAACGGCAUCAAGUUCCUGAACCAGUUCGCUUUCCCCAACUUCUGGUUCCACACCACGACGGCGUACGCGAUUCUCCGCAUGAAGGGUGUGCAGCUGGGCAAGGCUGACUUCUUGGCCGGUGGCGGGGCGUUUGAUUCGACGAAGGCACCAAGUGCUGCGUGA